AUGGCUCGGGAGAAUGAAGAAAGCAGACUCUCCUGGAAAAAGCAAGCGGACGACAUUAAGAAGAUCUUCGAAUUCAAAGAGAUCCUGGGCACUGGCGCCUUUUCUGAAGUCGUCAUGGCGAAAGAAAAAAACACUGGGAAAAUGUUUGCAAUUAAAUGCAUCCCAAAGAAGGCAUUAAAAGGCAAGGAAAGCAGUAUUGAAAAUGAAAUUGCAGUCCUCAGAAGAAUAAAGCACGAAAACAUCGUGGCCCUGGAGGACAUCUAUGAGAGUCCAAACCAUUUGUAUCUUGUGAUGCAGCUGGUGUCGGGAGGGGAGUUGUUUGACAGGAUUGUGGAGAAAGGGUUUUAUACAGAAAAGGAUGCCAGCACUCUGAUACGGCAGGUACUGGACGCUGUGCAGUAUCUACAUAAAAUGUGCAUUGUUCACCGAGACUUGAAGCCAGAAAACCUCUUGUACUUCAGCCCUGAUGAAGAAUCCAAAAUUAUGAUCAGCGAUUUUGGCUUGUCCAAAAUGGAAGGCACGGGAGAUGUUAUGUCUACAGCAUGUGGUACCCCAGGCUAUGUGGCUCCAGAGGUUCUGGCCCAAAAACCCUACAGCAAAGCCGUUGACUGUUGGUCCAUUGGAGUCAUUUCUUAUAUUCUAUUAUGUGGAUACCCUCCAUUCUAUGAUGAAAAUGACUCCAGACUGUUCGAACAGAUAUUAAAGGCAGAAUAUGAAUUUGACUGUCCAUACUGGGAUGACAUCUCUGAAUCUGCUAAAGAUUUUAUAAAACGCUUGAUGGAGAAGGACCCAAACAAACGUUAUACAUGUGAGCAAGCAUUAAGACACCCGUGGAUUGCUGGAGACACAGCAUUGAACAAGAACAUUCACGAAUCUGUCAGCGCACAGAUCAGGAAGAACUUUGCAAAAAGCAAAUGGAGGCAAGCGUUUAAUGCCACAGCUGUUAUACGACACAUGAGGAGGUUGCACCUGGGCAGCAGUUUGGAUGGAUCAAAUCUGAAUGCACAAACCAACCGCAAACUCAGCAAUCCACUACCAGAUGUCCCAUCUCGUAAAGAUUGUGUGUCUCCUUCUACCGCCUGUAGUAUAGCGUCUUCUCCCUCUGGGAUAUCACUGGUAGGAUCAGAGGGGAGAGCAAGAUCCACCACAGUCACCACAGUGCACACCGGGAGCAAAUGACAAGCCCCUUUAACAGAAGGAGGAGUGGGAAACAACAUCACUGUGAUGCAUCCCAAAUUCAAGUGAUUUCACCCUGCCAUGUGCACUGAAGCCUAGAGGGAUCCCAGGAAAGAUUUUUAAAGGCCAUAUUUUAUACUGUAACUCUUAUACAAUACAUGUAUCAUAAACUGCAUUGAAUCAUGUGCUGAUGGAUUUAACAGUAUCUGGUGCUGUGCAUAUGAGUCUCGCAAUGCUUUCUUUCACCUUGUAUAAACUCAGCAGUUGAAAUCAUUUAGCCAGUAAUUGUGCAAAAUGUUUCUCCAAAAUAGUGGCAUUUCUCCAGGAUGUUUAUUUUCCAAGGAAUGAGACAUUAACUGGACUGCACAAUCCAUUGCUUAUUUAUUGUGCUCUUGUUGAUUGCUUUAUCUUACAUGGUACUUCUUCCUUUUUCAAAAAGUGCAGAGCCCCUUAUACUGCAACAUUGUGAUAGACAGCAUUAAGUUGAGAGAACCGGUAACAAAAAUGCUGUGAUAUUAACCUAUUGGGGUUUAAAAUGUUAUAUACUAAAAACAUUUUUGUCCUAAAACGGACAAGGACUUUUAACUAUUCAGGGCUACAAUAUAACGUCACCCUUGCUAAUUUCGGCUUUAGUGAAUGUCACUAGCUGUAUAUAUAAAAAGUCAGUUUUAAUUGAGUUUGUAGAUUAUCUGCUAAUAUUGCAUUGUUAAAUUACAUCUUUUUAAUCACAUUUUUCUGCUUUUGGUUGACGUUUUUGUAGCAACAUUCAGUACUACUCAGUCUGUCCAGGAUAGACGAAUCCUAACGUAAUUAGAUAGAUAGAUAUAUUGAAACGUAAGGUACUACAAGGCUUAGUUGUGCCUUUCUCAAAGACUUCUUGUAGGUAGAAAGGUCAUAGAAACUCGCUAAACAAUUUUUACACCUCAUUAAAAAAUAAAUAUACAUACGUUUAAAGCACCCCUAAGGAAAGCAUAGACCUGUUAAAUCUAAAUCUGUUUAAAUUACUUCAGUAUUUUAAUAACACUUUUCAAUUCCAGGACAUUCCCUGAACCAUGCGGCAGGAUUCUUUGGCAUGGAGUUUUAUUUUUAUACUUCUGGUGGGUCUGGAACGUUUUAAAAGCUGUUUUAGCUUUAUUUUGGCUGACACUGAACAUGGUUAUUAGAUGACAUCAGAGGCGUAAAACGACAUAUUUCUGCAAGCAGUUUAUCUUAAGGGUACAUGGAGAAGCAGUUAAUAAUUUUGAUUUUAAAAAGCAUGUACUCAACAAUAUAGACUCAAAAUUUCCCUGGUGAACAUAAAGAGUACACACAUUUAUAUGACAUUCCUCUGUCUGCAAUUUUAUUAGAGCCAUUAACCUAUAAAUCAUCCACUAAUAUUGCCAAAGGGCUAACUAUUUAAUGUUAGAACAUCAAUAUUUAUCAGGCUUUUCAGAAUGUCCUUACAGUGGUUAGAACGUUGCUGUUGCACCGGUCAUAGAUUUCCCCCAGGAAGGUUCAUAGUAAAUUUACCCCAGGUAGAUCCUGGUAAAGCUGGUGUGAACUGAACAGACUUUAACCUCUUUUGGUGUCUGUUUAAUUUUGCCAGGGGCACACUAAGGUGUGACAUCUAUUUCUUUGUGUUUAGGAUCAUGUGUCAGUGCAGGAAUGAGCACUGGAUGUCACCAAGGCAGUUGAGAGAGCUGAGGGGUUUUUUGGCUUUUGGACAGUGGCAAAGCUGAAGCUUUGUUGCUGCUUUGCCUUGUCCUUACCCCAGGUCGCGCAGGCAGACAGGAGGGCAAAUUCAGCUGGUGACUCAGUAUUACUUCCAGCCCACUUCCAAAUCCCAACAAUAAUGGCCCAAUGUCACUGCUUAGAGAGAACGCAAGAUUGCAAGAUCCAGGCUAGGAAGGCCAUCUCAUUUCAUCCAUCAAGCUGCAUGAGUACAUAGUACCAACUAAUGUUGUGAAUAAAUGAUUCCAGAACUUUUGCUUCCUUUAUCCAGAAGGGUAUGGGAAUAUUGCAUAGGGUUAUGUCACAGGGCUUGUUCUCCAAGUUCAAAUCCCACCAUGGUAGCUGGGGAAUUUAAAUUGAGUUAGUUAAAUAAAUCUGGAAUUUAAAAAACUGAUGUCAGUGAUGGUAGCCAUGUAACUCCUGUAUUGUUGUAAAAACACAACUGGUUAGCUAAUGUCUUUUAGGGAGGGAAUUGGCUGGCUGCCCUUACCCUGCCUGGUCCCGAUGUGACUCCAGAUGCACAACAUUAUGGUUAACUCUUAUUUGCCCUGUGAAAUGGCCUAACAAGCCACUCAGUUGUAUUCAAGAAGGUGGUUCACCACCACUUUCCUGUGGACAAUUAGGGAUGGGUAAUAAAUGCUGGCCUUUCCAGCGAUGCUAAUAUCCUGUGAGUGAAUAAUGAGAAAAAGACAGUCCAUACCAUCUAUUUAUCACUUUUUAUGUGAUGAACCUCCAAUACCAAACCUAAGUUUGCCUCUUAUUGGUUGAACUUGUGUUCCCUUGUCCCCCUCUCACUGUUGAGCUUAAGGUAAUGUUCUGUUUAUUGCCUUGUUUUCAGCUCCCAGUUGCUUCUCUUUAAAAGAUGUAAAGCCAAGUUUCUGAUCCUUAUGACCUAAUGUUCUGACACUGGGGAUUAACCUCAUAGCUCUUCCCUGAGAUUGAAUGCCUCAAUUCUUGAUGACCGGACCCAGCACUCAAGUGUGUUUGACCAGAUCUCUACACAGUUUGAAUGUUACUUCCUCUGAUGUCUCAUUCUGUUUUGGCCAGUUCUGCCUUCUAUUCACUUUGUUAAUUGCUUUUCCCCAGUGUUUUGGUAUUUUGAACAUUGAACAAAACCCUUCGACAUCUUUCAACCCCAUACUUAUUUUCAUAUCAUUCGAGCAGUACUUAACAUCAGCCCAUUUUUUUCUCUUCCUGUGUGCAGUAUGCACACUUGUCUGCAUUACAAACAGCCAUUAUUCUGCCAAACUACAUAUUUUGUCUAACUCAGUUUAUAAUUCCCAAGUUGCUUCUUCGGAAACAGCUGACCUGUCUAUAGUUUGCUAUCCUCUGUAACUCUCUGAAUUCAACCGGUUUGCAUCAAGCAAUUAAGAGCAGGGAAGGUCCAACACUGAUCUCGGGACAUCCAACUUGCUACUUGCUCCUUCUUGACCUAUUCUCUCUUGACAACUACCCACUGCUAUCUACUUUUCAGCUAAUUUCCUCUCCGUCCUCAGGUUUUAUUGAGUCUCUGUUCCUUUAAUCUUAAAUCGUAACAUUUAUGCAGAACUCUGAUCAAUGGCAUUUUUGAAGCCAUUCUACAACCUACUUGAAAAGAGGCCCCAAAAGAGUCAAGGCGGUUAGUCAUACAAGAUUGAGCCCCGAAUCCUGAUUGGCUGCUGUUUCCUCGAAUGGGGUUAGGAACGGGAUCUUUCCAGCAUAAUGGACUUACCAGUAUUAACAGAGGGGACAUUAGAUGGAUGCAUGUCGGAAACUUAUGUCUGUAAUAAAUUCAUGGCCAUGAAAGGCCUUCUUUUUAAGCAAAUUGUUGACUUAUCAUUUGCUGGAAAGGUUCAAAUACCAGAUGGUACAAUUUAAUAAAAUAGGAAGUUAGCAGUAGAAAGGGAAAUCGGGGGGGGGGGACUGUUUUUACAUCAGGGUAAUGUUCUUGCAAAAUAAGUUACUAGAGAAGAUCAUUGAAGCAGACAAUAUAAAUUGAUUCAAGAGACUACUUGACAUGUUGCUGGAGGGAGAAUGAAUUGAUGGAUGUGGUGAGAAGCUAAGUAGGUGGGAUUGAGAAAUAUCUAGACAUAUUGAGGUUCUUACCCUUCAUAAAAAAUUUUAUGUUCUAACAUAUUAGCGCAGUAACCAUUUACUGUGAUGUGACUGCCUUGUUGUUAAAUUCGCUUUCAAUUCCCCUUAAAAUAACCUUUCCUGAUGAUUUCUGACAGUAAAUCAUCACCCACCGAAGUUUUCAUUUAAUUCUUAGUUGUGUUGCGGAUAGCCUCAGUACGGUGGAGUUGCCAGUAAACAGUCCUAUCAAAAUCUCCUAGGAAGCAACUUCCGGCUUUUUCCAUAGAAAAGAGAAUUCGAACACAGAUAUGACACAUGGCUCCCCAUUACAUUUCAACCACCUAUAGUAUUUGAUAUGGCUGGAAUCAGGCAGUGCACACUGUCAGUGUAUUACCCAAUUGCUAUCUAAUUUGAGAACUGAUUCAGAUUUAACUGUGAAUUGAAGCCUGUGUGUAAAUGCAUGAUGCACUGCAUUGCAUGAAUGGAUGGGGUAUCAGCAACCUACCCCUUCCUUAACCUAAUGACUUUUUUCUAAACCCGUUACAAGACCAAAGUGUUGAGAAGGUGGUUUGAUGAGUUCUAUACAACAGUUAACAUUGUAAACUACAGAAAUGAUAUUUCUCAUGCAAUUGACUUGCUGCCUGUGAAUUGUUUACAUGAAGCAUCCCGAGUUUUUUUUUCAAGAAGACCACUAGCUGGUAGUAGAGUGGGCAGAACCCAUCACCAAAUAAUCUGGCAGGAUUUUCAAAACUUUCAGGUUGGUAAAACAAUGGGGGCAGCACAUUGGUACGGGAGCAUGCUGAAAGAUAGUGGGAGGAUAAAUGACAGUGUGAAGAAUAUCCAACCUCAGACUGUCAGAGGGAAUGCAGCAAGUGGAAGCCAUGUUUUCCCAAUAAGAAGACUUGUUGGUCAUGCCUUAGUGCUCACGUAUAGAGCUGCUUCAUUACUGGCCUGGCAACAAAUUUGCUGGCCUGUGCCAUCCUGGUUGGGCGAUAGCAGUCCAUGGCAUGAGAAGCUCAAAUGAACACACAAGGUGGGGGGGCAAAAGCAACUAAAACAACUUACAUUAGAAAUUUCCCAGUAAAAUCUUGUUAAAUUGUGUAAGAAUUUGUAGGAUGUACAAUUCUAUGCAUUUGAAAAAGAUAAGAAUGAGCAAUGAAACAAUCUGCUGCAGGUUAAAGGAGGUUUCCUUAUCAAUUUAAUGGCUCGUUCUUACGAAUAGCCAAACCAUCACCAUGCAAAAAUUUAACUAAGGGAAAUUCUAAUUGCAAGCAUUCACCUUUAGUAACUGUAUGACUUUCAAGUUUGUGGGCAUGUUUUAAAAGCUUCAAAGUAUACUCUUAAGCCCGGAAAUGUCUAUGUGGCGAAUAUUACUGCAAAUUUCUCAGUCAGUACAUUUUUUUCCACAAUAUUUUGUCCAGUAUGUACUUGUAAUGUGCAUGUAAUGAAUGGAUUGCAAAAGUUUACACCCUCACUAAUACUUCUGGCAAUGGUAUAACAGAUUGAUUAAUGGGCCUAUAUAGCAACUGACUUGUCCAGGUUCUUUGCCUUUGACAAUCAUGUAUACAUAAGUUAAAUUUCUAAUGUAUUGGGAAUAAUGGAAAUAAAUUGUUUCCCUCAAAUAAAUUCAAUUUUGAUCGUCAUAGA